AUGAGAGUAUUGCUAACGAACGUUGAUGGGCCUCCAAACGAUACAGCAUCGCCUUACAUCCGCCAUUUUGUGAAUUAUGUGCUGCACUAUACAUCUUGGGACUUGAAGAUAUGUAUCCCUAAUGAUGGCCAGGAUUGGGACACUAAGGGAUUCCACCCAGAUCCAAGAGCUAGCUUUAUUUACACACCAACUGACGCUGAGAAGAACCAUUUUUUAGGGCCAUUUACAUUUCCACAACGAGACAAAAAGACAUUUACAGGCUUGCCCGACGUUGAUGAAGAGCCAGCAAAGAGAAUUCCUGAUGAUUAUACGGAAUGGUGUCUUAUUGAAAACGGUUCAUCUGCUACCUGUGCUGACAUUGGUUUGAACCAUCUGAUGAAUGACUAUGAAUUUGAUUUGGUCAUUUCCGGUCCAAACAAGCUUCGUUGCUCUCCUGGAAAUCUUGCGUUAUCUACUCGGGAUUUAAUGAGUAUCAACGGUUAUAGAACGUACCGUAUAAAGGCAAUCACGUUGAGCUGGUGCCAUUUCGAUGAGAUCGAUGUAUCUGAUAAACAGUUCAACGAAAUCAGCUCGAAGUCGGUGCAGCUAAUUAAGCACCUUUAUGACGAAUGGGACUCGCGUGUUGAAUUAUACAAUAUUACCAUUCCUAUCAAGGAAUCUUUAGAAGGAGCUAAAGCAAUGUAUACAGCAUCCGACAACACCCAGCGUCGUUCUAAUUAUGCAGGAGUUAAGUCCGUGCAUGAGACAGUUGACAACUGUCACAGAACUAUUUUAAUGUUUGAAAGUGGUACAAGUUUAACUACAGGAGAGAAAGAGAAUAUAGAUCCGGAAGGCAGAGCUCUUGAUCUCGAUGUUGUUGAAAAUGGCAAUAUUAGUGUGACGCCUUUGGUUGCCAACACUCAUUACCUUGAUGAGCUUGCCGGUGAAAUAUCAUUGAGAGGAGCAAAAGAAAACUGUGCUGUAAUCACGAUACCUCAAACGGAUUACGUCUAUAAGCAUAUUUUUAAUGCGUUAAAGAAGCACAUCCCAGACCUGCAUUUCCUAGACUAUCUUCCUGCGGAUGGCGGUAAAAUCUUUCACUAUGGUGACUACGAGCAAUUAGAUUUCGAUCGUUUACUGACAGGUAAGAACUAUCAUGCCAAUUCCUAUAUCUAUCGUAAAUCACUAAUAAGGAAACACUACCUGGCACAUACCAUACAUUACCACGUCGUAAAAAAUCCAACUUCGAUACUAGUGGAUGCAUAUCUGGAAUCAUUCAAUAUCAACGUUGACUACGCGGAAUUCCUAGACGAUGCCUUGACCGAAAACUGGGAUGUGAGAACAGAGCUGGAAAAGGAGGAUUCGUGGUGGAUUUUGAAGCCUAGCAUGAGCGAUAAAGGACAAGGUAUAAGGGUCUUUAAGACAAUAGACCAACUUCAAGAAAUAUUUGACUCUUUCGAAGAAGAUGAGACUGACGACGAGAAUUAUUCCAUGGAUAAUAAUAAGGUUGUUACUUCUCAAUUGAGAGAUUUUAUUAUACAAAGAUAUCUUGCAAAUCCAUUGCAACUACCAUCUAUGGAAAACCGGAAGUUCCAUAUACGUUGUUAUGUAACCUGCAACGGAGAUCUGCAGGUUAAUGUCUAUAACAGGAUGCUAGCAUUGUUUGCUCCAUCGCCGUUCAAGUCGCCGUCUGAUGAUUAUGAAGUGAAUGACGUUGACAAACUAAGCUGCCAUCUAACUAACACAUGUUUACAAUCUAGUUCCGAAAACGUGAGCAAUUCAGUCCAUGAAUUUGAUCAGCUGCCUGACCUAAGUGUAACUGACAAGCAAGAUAUCAAGAAACAAAUCCACAAGAUUGUUUCGGAACUAUUUUUGGCAGCUGUCAAUCUAAACCGUUUACAUUUCCAACCAUUGCCCAACUGCUUUGAAACAUAUGGGUUGGAUUUCCUUGUGGAUGCUAAUCUCCGCGUUAAAAUCCUAGAAGUCAACGCAUUUCCUGAUUUUAAGCAGACUGGGGAUUCUCUGAAAGAUUUGAUUGAGGAGCUCUUUGACAACAUUGUGUCCCAUUGUGUGAAGCCAUUUUUCGGCUUAUCACCAAGUAAAACAGAGGAUUUCGUUACAGUCUUGGACCACUCUUCUAAUGAUUGGUGA